CUCAUCCAAAUCCCCUUUCUCUGUCCCCAUUCUCCGUCCGCGAUACAUCGUCGUCGCUUUCCUUCGACAAAUGCGGAGAGAAGACAAAGAUUUGGAAUUCGACCGCUGGCCAAUUCGAAGCCCCAUUUGUUCUGUACUAGAUGCCCUUAGUUCUGGAAGAUGAUGGGCUGAAGUAGGUGCAAUGGCAUUGAUAGCACGUCACACACAGGGUUCUUUUUCAACACAUUCACUGAGUUGUAGUGCGUCAAGUAGAAGGGCAAUUGUGAGGUCCUCGAUUGUUCAGUUGCUGUAUAAAACACUUGUUUGUGCCCCUGAAGCAUCAUUCUGAUUUUAGGUGUUGGGCGCGGAGCGAACCUCGAUCGAAGCUCGGGUCUAUCAUCAAUUUGAUGUUGGGAGACAAGGAGGUUAGGUAGAAGAUCCUACAAAACUAAAAAAGGGGCAUGCCCGACAAAAGCCUUUGAAGAACAUUUGCUUCAAAGGGUUCAAAUGGGGUGUUAAGUGACUUGCUCUUUAGGGUUUCGAGGGUUUUUUGCCUUUUAGGCGUAGUCGGAGAGGAAGCGAAUACGGUGUUGGUGACGGUUUGUGUCUUCGGACAAGAAGAGUAGACCGAUGAAGAGGUCACCGGCAUUCUCUCUCUUCUCCAAAACCCUCUGCUUCAUCUAUCGCCCUCGUCCCGCCGAUGCUCUACUUUCCUCCUCCUCCUCUUACUCCGUCGCCGCUACCGUAAGCGGAGCUCUUCAGCCCAGCUUCAUGGCCGAAUACCUCGUCACGUCAUGUGGCUUCUCCCCGGAGAAGGCGACCAAGGCCUCGAAUCUUCUCGGCGGCAUCACGUCCCGCCGGCAGCCCGACUCCGUCCUUGGCUUUCUCAAAAGCCACGGUUUCGACGACACCCAUGUGAAAGACCUGCUGUCUUGGAACCCCCGGUGUCUUCUCCUCGACGUGGAGACGACCCUAGCUGCCAAGUUCCGAUCUCUCCAGGAGUUGGGCUUCUCGCAGUCCGACAUCACCCACCUCGUCCUGGCCAAUCCCUUCGCAAUCAACUGUCGCGUCCCCACCAUGGUGCACAAGAUCCGGUUUUGGCAGGGACUCAUCGGAUCCAACGACCUCCUCAUAAAGCGUUUUAAGCGCCACCGGUGGCUUCUCGGGUAUAGCAUCGAGAAGAGGAUCCAGCCAAACAUCGAGUUGCUACGGAGCUGUGGAUUCAAGGCUCAAAAGCUUAGAACGAUCCUGAGGUACCAGCCCACGUUGGUAACCCAGAGGGCGGAAACCUUGAGGGCCUUGAUCAGUCGUGUCGAUGGAUUCGGAGUUGCCCGCAACUCGGGGAGGUUCCACUGGACUCUGUUGAUGCUCUCCACUCUUAGCGUGGAGAGAUGCAAUGCGCAAAAGAAGCUAUUCGAGGUCUUCGGGUGGUCAGAGGCCGACUUCCUCGACGCAAUCAGAAAGACUCCUUGUUUCUUGACAGGUUCCCUGAAGAAUCUGAAGAUGAAAAUGGAAUUCUUGGUGAAUGAGGCUGGAUAUGCUCCGUCUUAUAUCGCCCUCCGGCCUGUGGUCUUGACACUUAGUUUAGAGAAAAGGUUGAUCCCAAGAUAUCAGCUCAUGGCAGCCCUGAAGUCCAGGGGGCUGUACGCUGGUCAUCCCAAAUCGCUCACAUAUAUGCUGUGUCCAGAGAAGAAGUUCUUGGAAAGGUUUGUGGCUUGUUUUCGUGCGCCCUCUUCCCCUUACAUGCAAGCAUGAACGAUUGUUGUUGUCCGCUGUCCAUUGCUCUGUCAUUGAUUUCAGGUAUGCUUCCGCCUCCUCUUUCUUCUCAUAUUCUGCUUCACCCUCUUCCUUCUUUUUUCUUUCUCGACGGUCUCAUCUUCUUUCUUCCUCUUUCUCCUCCCUACUCUUAAUACAUGGCUUUCUCUUCUUCUUCGUCCGCCUUCUACUUUCUUCAUCCACUUUCAUUUGUUUCUUCCUUUUGAGGCUUCGGUACAUACCCGUACAUAAUGUGUCGGUAUAUAUUGGUAUCUCGAUGUAUGGAUUGGUACGUAUCGGUCUGGGCAGAGACCGAUAAGUUACAUCUGCAAGCUUCAGAUGUCGAAGUGCUCGACAACUCGAAGAGUUUUCACUUGCUGCUCAGUUUCUGCUACAAAGCUCUUCUAUCGUUAGCGGUGGAAGGUAAGUUUGUGUAUGUUAACACUACCCUGUAUACCACUGAAAAGC